UUCAGCAAGAAUCUUUUCCACACUUUGUGUGCGUUAUAUCUAUUAUGGAAGUGCUCUAUAGCCAAAGUGUCUUCUGCAAGUACAGUACUUUGGGCUCAGAGAAGAAAGACAUUAAAGAUGCUGAGAGGUUUGGAAAUCAGGAUCAACAAACAACACAACAACAUUCCCAGGAUGUCGCAUCUGAAGAAACUUCUGCUUUGUGUGAUUUUUGUUAAAGGUGUGUUUGGUGUUGAUGGAGAUGAAGUGAAGUCAGUGUCAGUGAUGGAGGUAGAUUCUGUUACUCUACACACUAAUAUUACUGACAUACAAAGAGAUCAGCAGAUACUGUGGCUGUUUGGACCUAAAGAGACUCGUAUAGCUGAAAUCUAUAAAGAGAAGAAUGUCUGUGAUCCAUGUGGGAGCUUCAAGAACAGACUGAAGCUGGACAAUCAGACUGGAUCUCUCAUCAUCACAAACAUAACAAUCACAAACUCUGGACUUUAUCAACAAGAGAUCAUCAACAGCAGAGGAACUUCAUACAAUAGAUUUAAUGUUACUGUCUAUGCUCAUCUGCCCAUUCCUGACAUCACCUGUACCAAAAGCUCCUCUUCAACAUCAUCAAGCUCAAAAUGUGUGUUGUUAUGUUCAGUGUUGAAUGUGAGAGAUGUGAGUCUGUCCUGGUAUAAAGGAAACAGCUUAUUGUCCAGCAUCAGUGUGUCUGAUCUCAACAUCAGACUCUCUCUACCUCUGGAGGUUGAAUAUCAGGAUACAAACACAUACAGCUGUGUACUCAACAAUCCCAUCACAAACCAAACUCAACAUCUCAACAUCACUCAUCUCUGUCAGAUGUGUUCAGGUUCCAGCAGCUAUUUCUGGAUAGCAGUACUGGUGGCUGUGGUCCUAAUUCUAGCAGCAGCAGUGGCAGCCGCUGUCAAGUACAAUUUGCUUGACGUUUGGAUGAAACCCAUAUUACUGAAAACAAACCAAAUGCACGCAAGAUCAGAGAUCAACAAGCAGAAGCAACACCAAUGUAUCGCAUGAACAAUAAUACGGGUUCCUACGGGUCAUGGAUUUUCUGGAAUAUCAUGGAAUUUUAAAAGGUCUUUUCCAGACACUAAAAGUCAGGGAAUUUUAUAUUGUUUUAAGUCAUGGAAUAUCAGGAAUUUUUGUUUGUUGUUUUAAAUAUAAAGCAUAAAAAUGUUAAGUUUAGCAUUUCAUCAAAAUGUAAUCCGCUUGUUAACUUGUAACAUAAGGACUAACAGUUCUGGGUCCAAGCCUCCACUGACUACAAUUUAAACAGCUGGUUAUUGGCACUGUUUAUUAAUUUCACCCAUUUAAGCUACAUUUUUAUAAACUCACAGGGGCGGUUUCCCAGACAGGGCCUAAGCCUGGUCCUAGACUAACUUAAAUGUCAGUGUUGUCUUGCCAACUUGCUCUGUCAUAUCUUAAAAUAUAUCAUUGUGAGUGUUGUGUCUAAUGAUGCACACCGGUAAUGUUUAUAAAUUAUGCUUUUAAAUAUGACUUAAAUAUCCCAAUUUAACCAAGGCCUAGUCCUGGCUUAAGCUAAUCCCUGUCCGGGAAACUGCCCCAUAGUGUACAUUAUCCAAGAUCUCCAGGCUUACGGCAUCCCGGACAUAGGUCAUGGAAAUUUAGCUUGUUAGUCCGUGAAAGCCAAGGAAUUUGACUAUUGACUUAGAGUGGGAACCCUGCCUUUACCCCCGACACCUAAAUAUCUAUCUGAGCUUUUAUUUACAUAUACUCCAGUGUAUGACCUUUGCUCAUCUAUAACCUGUCUUUUAAGUAUUAUAUCAACCCGGCUGAGAUCGAUAGGUGAUAGGGCUUGCUCUUCAUUAGCUCCAAUAUUAUCAAAUGCUUUACCAAAUAAUACAUGGCAAUAAAGCACUUGUAAGUCUUACUGUGUGUUCACACCAGCUGGGUUUGAGAUGUCAAAUUCGCAUCUAGUUUGUCGCUUGAACAUUUUGAGUUUUCUUGUUUCAUUCGAGCAUGAAAAUCUAGUCAUCGAGACAUUCACAUGGAAAUAUGCGUCAUGGGAGGGGCUUCUGCAACUCCGCUUGCUUCCUGUAAUCACAUCACUACUAGAGCAAGCUUCUGAUUGGUUAACACGGCACGUUUUUCCGCCAAAGUUCAAAUUUUUCAACUCAAAUGAGGAAUCACAUCUACUGCGGCGCGCUAAGCACCUCAUUCGCAAGCGAGACCUCCAGACACGCGCCAACGCGUCUUUACAUUGACUCGUGCGUGACGCCUCUACCGCAGCUGGUGUGAAUGCAGCAUUAAAGGUGCUCUAAGCGAAUUUACGCAUUUUAGGCCAUAAAACAUGUUUUGUUUUAUACAGUAAACAUCUCCUCACUAUCUGCUAGCUGCCUGUCCCCUGAACACACUGUAAAAAAACGUGGUCUCUGUAGACAGCCCAGGCUCCACAAACUGCAACAAAAACAAAGUGGUCAAACCUACCCCCCCGAAACAUCACAAAGUGUUCCAGCCAAUAAACAACAAGAAGGAUUUGGGAGUGGGGGUUGGGCGGGUUCAUGACUCUUUCAGAAAGCACAGAAGGGGAGGAGCUAGCUACCCAGAUAGCAUGCAAACCAUUGAAACAAUGUUAAAAACAGUUGAUUUGUCAAUGUUAACUUCAUUGAAUCAAUAUCAGGUUUGCACCCUCCAUUAAUAUUGAAAAAAUAUUGAGAUUUCAACAAAUCACCAUUAUUGUGAUCAGUGUUUGCUUUAGUUGGGUCCUUGACUCUUGUUAUUCACGAAGUUAAAUCUUUCUUUUCUAUUUUUUAGUGUUUGUUUGUGUUUAUGUAGAAACACAUCUGCAUUGGAAAAGAAAGAUGUGUUUCAAAGUUAAGUUGAACUUGAAACUGAUUACUUUUUAUGAAGAAAUCAAGAUUAUAUAAAAUUAAGCUGCUUUACAUGAUUAUGUUGAUCCAUUUUUUACAUUUAUAAUUGUUUUGGUUUGUAAAUACACUGUGACGAGACAAACAGAGAAAUUGCUAACACAUUCAGACAUCAUUACUCAUCCUACAAAUCUCGAUAAUGGUGACAAUCAUCAAACCAAAUCAUAUAAAACAAUCAACUGCAAUGCAUGCUGGGAGUUAUAAAUUAGUUUAGUACUACGAUGAUACCCAGCAUGCAUUGCAGCAUGAAGCUUUCUUUUGUUAAUCGUCACUAUUGAUGAGAUUCAUAGACCGAUUCAUGAUAUCAGAGAUAGAUUCAGUAGUUUAACUUUUUAAAUGUGUUUUUGUAAUCCUCAAAAUAACAGACCUGACACUGUUUCCAAUAGUACUGUAAAAUAAUUUUUUUGCAUAACUUUAACAGUAUUUCAUUAAUAUUAUUUAGGUAUAUCUACAAGAAUUUAAACUACUUGAUAACAUUAGAUCUUUGUUUUCUUUGCAAUAGCAGAUGUAUUUAAAACACUGCUUCAACAGGCAAAGAAAACUUAACAUUAAAACACAAGAGUAAAGGGCCCAACUAAAGCAAACACUGAUCACGAUAAUGGUGAUUUGUUGAAAUUUCAAUAUUUUUUCAAUAUUAAUGGAGGGUGCAAACGUGAUAUUGAUUCAAUGGUAUUAACAUUGACAAAUCAACGAUUUUUAACAUUGUUUCAAUGGUUGCAUGCUAUCUGGGUACCCUUCAUGUUGUUUGACAACACUUCGAACGUCAACAAGAAGUGAUGUCACACAGAUUCGCUUAGAGCGCAUUUUAAAACUCAUUCUUCAUGUUAGCUUUUACUUCAUUUUUGUAUUUUAUUUUUGUAUGUUUUUUGUUUUGUUUAUUUUUUUAAUUGUGUGACUGUUUUUGUUUUGAAUUGUACUCCUUGCAUGCUUUGGGAUGUACUUUAAAGGCACUAUAGAAAAUAUUACAAGUACUGUACAAGUGCACAAUGGCUUGGAGGAUAUGUGCCAAGUAAAAUGGUUUUUCAUGUCCACAAUAAAAGGUGCAGUGUUUUAACAUCUGUGAAAUAAACAUACUUGAACAAGUACUGUACAAGUGCACUGUCAUGGGGGAUAGCCAUGAAAAAUGUCUUUCCAUGUCCACAAUAAAAUGUGCAUGCGAUUUAACAGAUGUGAAAUAAACAUACUUGAAUAAGUACUGUACAAGUGCACUAUGGCUUGGUGAACAUAAGCCAUGUAAAAUGUCUUACUUGUUUACAAUAAAAAAUGCCUUGUUUUUACAUAUGCUAAAUAAACAUACUUGAAUAAAUA